AUGCAGAAAAAGGUUAUUGGAGAUGUGACGGAGGAGUCUUCGCUGAAGAUAGUCUCUGUUAUUGACAAAGAUACCUACGGCUACGGCUCUGUGUCCAAAAAUAAUAAUGAUUCCAACUUGGAGAAAUCUUACAUGAAGAAGUCAUGUACGCUCAAACAUGCCGAGAAACUCGAGAGGGAGCUUAAGACGAUGCUUCACUUCCGCGCCAAUCCUUUCAUCGUCCAAGCUUCUUGCCCUCAUCUUCACUUCGAGUAUAACACCAAAAGCGCGACUUUGUGCUACAUCUACAUGGAGUAUGCUUCCUUAGGCAAUCUCGACAAGAUGAUCUCUGAUGCUGGUGGGAAAUUGCCUGAAGAUAGUGUCAGACGCGCCACUCGUAUGAUUCUACAAGGACUCAAGGCUCUUCACGCGGAAGGUUACCUCCACUGCGACCUCAAACCCUCCAAUGUUUUUGUCUUCCCUUCCAGCAGACCUGGAGAGCCAUGGGAUCUCAAGCUUACUGGUUUCGGCUUAUCCAAAGAUCCUACUAUGGACUCUAUGCUGUUGUUUCCUGGCACCCGCGAGUACAUGCCGCCUGAGGCCACUAUGCCGAAUAUGUUUUCUGGCAUGGAUAGAUUGAUCGGACCAUCCCGUGAUAUAUGGUCUCUGGGGCAUACGGUUCUUAGGAUGCUUGGGGGUAUCCUUGAAGAGAUGGGACAUAGUAUCGCGUGGACAACAGGCUUUUAUAUCUCUCCGGUGGCAACAGACUUCUAUAUGUGGUGCUGUAAGUUGCGGCCUACAGAGAGGCCCACCAUAGAUGAGCUCUUGGACCAUCCUUUUGUUGCUGAAAGACCUUCAUCCUUUCAUGAGGUUUCCAUCUUCAGUAAGGAACAGUCGUAUUUUAGAAGACAUGAUGAAUUGAUUCCACAACAUCCAAUUCCAGACCCUUUAGGCACCUUCAAUAGAUUCGUGAAUAGAUCUCUUCAUUAUCCUGCCACUAGGUGA